AAUAAUCCUUAUCAAUUAUUCAAAUUUGGGGAAGUGUUUCCGGUCACGUGACCCGAUUUGUCAGUCAACAAAAACCUAACCACAAAUUAUGACUGAUAUUUAUUCUGGCCAUUCUCAGUUCGUUUUAUUGGGAAAUAACAGGAGACGAUGGUUCGACGGGCGCACCCUCUUCAUAAUCACCGUUAUCACCGUCCCUGUCAUAAUAUUCUGUGGUAUUUACACGAUUAUACUUAGAAGCAACGAAAGUCUCUUGUACCCCCGAAGCCCCACCGAAGUGGGGCCAGGUCGGGGCGCCCACCGUGCCAAAAUGUACAGCUCCCGGCUGCGCAAGCCCGACGACAGGGGGCUGCUGCUGAUCGAAGAGGACGUGCCAAAAAUCGCCGAUUUUAGGCUAGUUUGUUACUAUAAUUUUCCAAGCGCGGACGGGGGGCUGCAGCCCGAGAGCCUGGACCCCUUCCUGUGCACGCAUAUCAACGUGGCGUUCGCCCGUGUGGGCCCCAAUGGGGUACAGCUGACUCGGGACGAGCUGAGGGUGCUCCAAACCGUGGUGGGGUUGAAGCAAGUCAAUGGGGAUUUGAAGGUGUUGGUGUCCGUGGGCGGGGCUGGGAAUGAUGGGGGCUACAGUGGCAUGGUGUUAAAUCACGCGAGUCGGAAAGUUUUUAUUCGAUCGGUGAUCGACUUAGUGCGGAAUUAUAGCGUGGAUGGGGUUGAUCUCGAUUGGGAGUUUCCGAAUGAAAGUCCGGGGAAGGACCGGAACCAGAAGGUGCAUUUCGUGCAGCUUUUGGAGGAGUUUCGAAUGGCGAUUAAUAAGCAGGCGAGGCAUAAGUUUAUUGUGACGGUGGCUGUGGCAGCCCCCAUUUUUCUGGUGGAUAAUUGCUAUGAUGUGCCUUAUUUGAACGAGUUUGUUGAUUUUGUUAAUGUUAUGUCGUAUGAUUAUCAUUUUUAUACCAAAUUGACCCCCUUUACGGGGCUCAAUUCGCCCCUGUACCCCGCCAUGGAGGAUAAGGGGUACUUUUCAACGCUUAAUAUUAAUUUCACGGCACACUAUUGGGUUUCCAAAGGGAUGGCAAGGGAGAAAAUUGUGAUUGGUUUGCCUGCUUAUGGACACACUUUUCGGUACAUAGCUCAAAAUCAAUGGUGUUUGAAUGUUGGUAGUAAAUUUGAAAAAGAAUGGGCAAAUGCAUCUUUAAAAUAGAAGAGGACAAAAAAUAGUUUAUUAAUGAAUUGGAACUAGAGAGGAAACGUAAUAACCAUUAAUUUAAACGCAGCUUAUAGUGGGCUUCUUCAGUUUUUUGAUUGACGAAUAUUCACAACAGUGGGUUCUACGCCCCAGCCCGUGGCUACGGCAAGCUGGGAAGUGGCGGUUUUGUGGAUUAUACCCAAGUUUGUAAAUUUUUAAACAUGAAUCAGAUCUCGCCAAUUUUUGAUUUGGA